AGCACAGACGAGCAACAGCGAGCCUAUACCGAGAAUGCUAUAAAAAAAUCGACGCGUUCGGCGGUAGAGAAAAGCCUACAGGGCCUAGCCAGAGCUGGUGCCUUUAGGCCGCGACCGGCCUGUGCUGCACGAGCCAAUUACUCCAGCGAUAGGCCCCGAUAAGUUGGAAAUCCGAAGACAGCCUGGUUGGAUCGCAAGGGGCUCGCUGCCAGUCGAUCGGGACGGUGUAUUAUACUCGAGCAACAACUACUACUGCAAGAAUUACUACUGCAUAUUCGUUGGCAAACUGCACCUCCGCGUUCAUUCACUGCGGCCAAAGCGGCGUAUAGUACUGUAGCACCUGUACGAUCGCGCGCCUCUAUAUCUAUACAGCUGUUCGUUUAUCAAAAUUCUGAUGGAUAUUCAAGCAAUAAUAUGAAAAAUUCCAAAGCGCGUGAGUUUUUUUGAAAAAGUAAAAUGUGAAUGAAAAAUACUAGAGGGACGAAUAAAAAGGGAGGACAAAAAGUAAAACGGGAAGACUCGAAGACAAAAUGUGUAUUCCUCAAGUCGUCAGAGAGCCCAUAGAGAAUUGCUUCGACGACAUGAUGCUCGCUAUCCCAGUCCUGCAAUUCGAAUUCGAUGAGAUCGAAGAGAUGGAGGAAAUUGACGUGGAUAAUAUGCCGAAUUUCCUCGAGAAUCCGGACGACGAGGACGACGGCGAGAUCCUCGAAUACGUGCGAUGGAUCGAAGAGGAACGAGUGAACCAGCGUCUAGAGGAGCAUCACAUCAACUACUGCCAUCAGGAAAACUGGGAUCCAGAAGCGGCUCAUCUGAUCUGCGAGGUUUGCCGUCGCUCCUUGGACAAGCCGGGCAUCACACUGGACAUUGUUAGAUUGGCUGUUCAAUGAGCCGACUGCAAUUAACUUUUGUAAAUAAUUACAACAAAUUAUACAUAUACUUUUUAAAUAU